AUGGGCACCAAGGAUGCAAAAAUAUUCAGCAAGAAAGCGCAAGGAUUUCAAAAUGGUCGGUACAACAAGCGAAAGCGAGUUGGCGGUGGCCUAAGAAAGAUUAUGGACAGCAAUGGGAGUGAACCGGUUUACCUUUGCGAUUCGGAACAACCGUCGGAGCGCAAACAUCCGGGUAACGGUUAUCUGUCCGGAACACAUGAUCGUUCGUCCAUUCAUCUAAAGGGUUUUCAUCACAUGCAGUGCAGUUCCAAAAGUUUCCGUUAG